CAAAAAAGAUCCAGGGAGUAGAAGAAAGUGAAGACUCUAGCACAAAUGCUCCAUCCAGUGUAGCUGAUGUGAAAACCUGUUUUUGUACAGUACAAAGACAAAACCAGUUUACCAUUUGUAACAUCUGUAAACAUUCAACACCAAGCAUAGAUAGGCUUGUGGCAGGCAAGGCACAAACAUUUUCUGCCAGUCAAACCAGUGUUCAGGCUGGUGCGAUAUCAUGUGAGGCUGCACCAUCACCAAUAAUGACUAAGGUCUCUAAGGAGUUCUUCUCUUCUUUUCAAGAUCAUAAAGUUUCCAGGAGUGUCAACCAAGAUACAGAAAAUUUUAACAACGCCAAAGGAAAAGUUUCUGUUUCUUGUAAGUGGGGAACUUGUCUGUACAAAUGUAUUGAUGCAUCACCUCUUGUGGUUUGUGCACCAGGGAGGUGUGAAGGAGAAGUUUUCAUAGGUUCCCAUAGUUACACGUUCAUGUGCAGCAGACUGAGUGAUGGCAAAGUCCUGUGGGAGAGUAGGCUGGGGGACAGAAUAGAAUCUUCUGCAGCUCUCUCACUCUGUGGUAGGUAUGUAAUAGUGGGUGGUUAUGAUGGCCAAGUGUAUGUACUCAACCGCUUCACCGGUGAAACAA